CAUCAUUCUUGUCAACGCUAAAUAUAUACCCCCUUUUUGUUUAAUUUAUCGCGAAAAUAUAUCCAAACUUUUGUCAUUAGUUAUAUAGCAUAUAUACCCAACGUCGUUUGUUUCUAUCGUUAAAAUCAUUUGUCUCUCUUUUCAACUGUCAAUUGAAGUACCUGUAGGGAGAAAGGGGAAACGUGUCUUUCAUUAACAGCUCUUCCUUUUGGGGUGUAUAUUUCAAGUAUUAGAAGUAAAUCUCAUUAUAUCUAUCAAGUCAUCAUAUUAUAGUCAGAUUUCUCAUAUAUUUUCUUAAAACUACAUAUUUUCAUUACUUGUAUCAGAAAUUUAGCCUGGGUCAUCUGAUAAUUCAAAAGUGGGAGAAUGCUCCCAGUCCUUCAUGUCCCUGCAAUGACCCCUGAAGCUACAAAGCGUAGUAAAUAUGCCACGAUUGCGCCUCAAGGAGGUGAACAAUAUAUUCAAGCCCACAAUCAAGCAUCAUGUGCAAAUAUUCAGGAUAGAGUGAUGCCUGAGCGUCCGGGACAACCUUCGCCGCUGGGCAAUUCAUCUCCAAGUCGCCAGAAUUCUCGAAGUCUACCUUCGAGAGAAGUUACAGACGAGAACUUUGACGAUGCCUACGUAGGCUUCAUCAUGUACUGCAAUCCCGCGGUGGCAUCAGAUACAGAUACUGCUGAAUUGAAGCGAAUAUUUCGCGCGCCUCCCAAAAGUGAUAACAAAAGUUUCAGCACUUUUGUAUUAUUCGAAUUGAUUUGUAAAUUAGAGAAUAAGGAGAUCAAAACGUGGGCACAAUUGGCAAUAGAUUUGGGAGUUGAACCUCCUUCUUUGGAGAAAGGUCAAAGUGCUCAAAAGGUACAACAAUAUGCUGUUAGGCUCAAGCGGUGGUUGCAUGCAAUGCAUGUUGAUGCAUUUUUUGAAUAUUUAUUGAACAAACCUCAUGUGUAUUGGACACAAGUACCAUCCCCUGGCGAACCAUCAUCAGAGCAUGGUCGAGAUGGGGUACCCGCCGAUGAAGAUUUGGCUCUCCGUGCUUUGCUUCCGGAAACAAGACCUAAGCGUGGACGAAAGAAGGCUGAGGAUAGGGAAGAUGAUGAGAUAGGGAGAUCACCAUCUCAACGUCCUCGGUUACACUCGCCUACACUAUCUGAAGAUUUUAUGAUUCCCAGGGCGACCUUACAUCCGGAUAGUGCUACACCAGCGACAGCAAAUUCUUCUUUCCAACAAGGCUUCGAUGCUCGUUUAAGUCCAUGGUCUGCAACAGAAGUUCGAGGCCCUUUAGUGGACAACUUCAGAUGGGGUGCUCCACCAGAAAGUGCAACUCCUCUAUCAGCUUAUCCACAAUCAGCUCUCACUCCAUCAAACAGAACACAUCUAUGGCCGGAUAGCAAUGAACCUCAAUCAGCCACAACGCCAAAUAAAUCUCGGUCAAGGCGUCGUCAUGGGCCUGCAGUAUCAUCAGCAUGGCCAAGUAAUGGUAGUGCCUCUACUGGAAAAUUACGAGGUAGACCACCUAAUAACCGUUCUGUUACAGAUGGUCCUUUUUCGACCUUUCCUGCCAACCCUGGUUCAACGAGAGAUACACCAACCGCUACUCCUAUAGUGGCGGAUUCCGAAAUUUCUCAUUUCUUUCCUGCUGGCGUCAGGGCCAAUCCACCUACUGUCAUUGGAGGUCCACAAACUCAAAAUUCUCGACCAAGCCGCCUUUCACUACAAGUCCCACAAAGAAAAGGCGGAAACGUUCGAUUAGCAACACCGCCACCACCCGUUGUACUUCUAAACGGUGAGACGGAUACGAAUAUGCAAAAUGAUUUAAUUGAACAAUCUCAACAAACGUCACUCAUGGAGUAUUUCAACAAUCCUGCCAAUGGACCUCAGGACCCCAGUUUCGAACACUUUGUCAGUAUAGCAUUUCGUCAAAAUGAAGAUUUUGACCGUACCAAUAUCGAUGCUUUAGAAUCUCACUUCAUUGGAGAAAUUCUUGCCGCCGAAUGGUACGACGGAGCCGGAAAUUCGAUCCAACGAUGCUCUAUAGACGAAGCAUCCAAAAUCUGCAAACAAGUCAUCCGAAAUCUUCAAGCGGAAUCUAGCAGCACAGAAGCUUUCCUUAUUAAUCUUUCAGCACUGGCAGGCGGUCCCCUCAUGACACGUCUUCGCGUCACAAGACUUGAAUUCCCCGGCCCGCCACCAAGAACGGAUUACGAAUGUCAUUGGAAAAUGAGAUUUGGUAGCCUUGAAGGGGAUUUUACGAUAAGAGCUACAGUUGUGGAGAAUAACCUGGAGAUGGGAAUGAGGGAAGGAAUGGGAAAUAUGGGGAGAGGAAUCGAUGACAAUGAAGAGAGUUGGAAGGCGAAGUAUCUCAGUUUGCAACAGCAGAUUAAGGAGAGAGAUGCGAAGGUUAUGAGGUUGAAGAGGGGAAUGGUCGAUGCAUUGGUUAUUAGUGAGGAAUGGAUUAAGGGAGGUAAUGUCUUUCAGAAUCAAGGAUAGUGGAGGUAGCACCAAAAGGUUGACAAAAUUUUAAAUCGAGGCAAUAUUCUGUUUGAGGAGUUCAGAAGGACAUUUCGGUCACUAGAGGGGUUUGUUCUAGUAUGGUGGUGCUUGAAGUACAUAUAUUUAGCAUAAAUUAGAUAUCCACAAGG